ACCAAACCCUUCUAAUGCCUUUUUAAGUACCACAAAUUCAAGAUAUAGUUCUCAUCAUGCAUGCCAUUGCCAUGGAUGUCUAUGGCAAGAGAAGCCUCCUCACCUUAAUGGACAAGGAAAAAACAGAACAACAAGAAUCCCCCAACAUUCAUCUUCAUGUCCAAAUCCAUUCUCACAGAGAAGCAAAUGAACAAGACAUUCAAUUUAGUCCACCAAGACCUUCUACCACAUUUCCACAAUCACCAUGGACACUUUCCUCUCUUCCACCUCCUUCCCCUUCAUUACUCUACCAUUGCAUCGCCUCCCUCCACCGCCACGAAGGAAACAUAUACUCCAUCGCAGUUUCCAAGGGUUUCAUCUUUACAGGCUCCAACAGUAGCCGAAUUCGUGUUUGGAAGCAGCCAGAUUGCAUGGACAAAGGGUAUCUCAAAUCAAACUCUGGCGAAAUCCGCACCAUUUUAGCUUAUAACAACAUGGUUUUCUCCUCACACAAAGAUCACAAAAUCAGAAUAUGGAACUUCAACGUUUCAGAAAACUUCAAAUCCAAGAAAGUAGCUACACUUCCUAAAAGAAGCAAAAACUCUUUUCUAAACUUCAGCAGAACAAAAAACAACAACUCACACAAUCACAAACACAAAGAUUUAGUUUCUUGCAUGGCUUAUUACCAUUCAGAAGGACUCUUAUACACUGGCUCACACGACAGAACAGUCAAAGCUUGGAGAAUCUCUGACAGAAAUUGUGUUGACUCAUUUCUUGCACAUGAAGAUCAUGUAAACGCUAUCUUAGUAAACCAAGACGAUGGUUGUGUUUUCACAUGUUCUUCUGAUGGAUCAGUGAAAAUAUGGAGAAGGGUCUACACAGAAAACUCACACACAUUAACAAUGACACUAAAGUUUCAACAUUCACCAGUUAACACACUUGCAUUGAGUUCUUCAUUCAACCAUUGUUUCCUCUAUUCAGGAAGUUCAGAUGGAAUGAUAAAUUUUUGGGAGAAGGAAAGAUUAUGUUAUAGGUUUAACCAUGGAGGUUUUUUGCAGGGUCACCGUUUUGCGGUACUUUGUGUUGAAACGGUAGGGAACAUGGUGUUUAGUGGAUCAGAAGAUACAACAAUAAGAGUGUGGAGAAGAGAGGAAGAUAGUUGUUAUCAUGAGUGUUUGAUGGUUUUGGAUGGACAUAGAGGACCUGUUAGAUGUUUGGCUGCUUGUCUUGAGAUGGAGAAAGUUGUUGUAGGAUUUUUGGUUUAUAGUGCAAGUUUGGACCAAACAUUUAAGGUUUGGAGGAUUAAGGUUUUUUCGGAGGAUGAGAAUGUGUGUUUAGAUGGUGAUAAUAAUAAGUGUGAUGGGAGAGUGAAGAAGAUUAGGGAGUAUGAUAUGAGUCCUGUUUUGUCACCUUCUUGGGUUGAGAAGAAACUUCAGGGUAGUAACGUAGGAGGAAACAAAGAAACAGACAAAGGUAGAAGCGUAUCAUUCAUUUGCAUAACAAUGAUCUCAUCCUUAAUGCUACCAUCUGCUACAACAUUAAGACCUUGUUGUAGUUGUAGCAUCACUCCAUCAUCAUCAUCAUCAUCUUCACGAAGAAUUGCUCUCUUUCAUCUUCUCACCACUGGUGGUAUUGCUCUACCACAAUCCCAAUUACUUGGUGGAAAAGGAUCAGAUUUGUUCCAAAUAGCAGAGGCUAAUGCUGCAGUAAAUCUAGCCCAACCAGACCAAAACUUGUUUAACUGGGUCCAAAAUGAUAAUAGAAGAUUUCUACAUGUUGUAUACAAGGUUGGAGAUUUGGACAAGACUAUAAAAUUCUACACUGAAUGCCUUGGCAUGAAGCUGUUAAGAAAACGUGAUAUACCAGAAGACAAAUAUUCAAAUGCUUUUCUUGGAUAUGGGCCUGAAGAUUCCAGUUUUACGGUUGAACUUACUUAUAAUUAUGGAGUGGAUAACUAUGACAUUGGAACUGGUUUUGGUCAUUUCGGUAUUAUAGCUGAAGAUGUUUCCAAGACAGUAGAUAUUGUAAAGGCGAAAGGGGGAAAGGUUACAAGAGAACCAGGGUCUGUCAAAGGUGGCUCUAUAGUAACUGCUUCCGUUGAAGAUCCUAGUGGUUAUAGGUUUGAGCUUUUGGAGAGAAGACCUACCCGUGAACCCUUAUGCAAAGUGAUGCUUCGAGUAGGCGACCUUGAUCGUGUCAUAGCCUUCUAUGAAAAAGCUGUUGGCAUGAAACUUCUCCACAAGAUAGACAACCCUGAGGAAAAGUACACAGUAGCCAAGUUGGGAUAUGGUCCUGAAGCUAAUGGUCCUGUUUUACAACUGACGUAUAACUACGGCGUCACUAAUUAUGACAAAGGAAAUGGCUAUGCACAGAUUGCUAUAGGCACGGACGAUGUCUAUAAGACUGCAGAAGCAAUCAAAUCAUGUGGAGGGAAGAUUAUCCGCGAACCUGGACCCUUACCUGGUAUCAACACCAAGAUCGUUGUUUGCUUGGACCCUGAUGGUUGGAAAUUGGUAUUUGUUGAUAAUGUUGAUUUUCUGAAGGAACUAGAGUGACAAUAGCAUGGUUGUAGCUAGAUCCUACACUUCUUCACUAAACUUAUAGUAGGCUACUAGGCCAACAAUUUUUUCAGAAAAAUCUUAUAACUAUAAAAAGUCCCUCCAAUCACUAUAUAUGAGGGGGGAAGGGAAGAAAAAUAAACAUAUAUUUACAGCAAUCACAAUUUUAUCCUUAUUAUUUUUUAGGAUGUUACUUUGGCGCCGCAGUUCAACAUGUAAUGGAUUCCCUCUAACCAGAA